CUGUGUGAGUGUGGGUCGGGUAUCCUCCUCGCGAACUGUAGAGGAAAGAGGAGAGACGGAGACAGAGUACGCUGCGGCGAAGGCGAUGGCGACGGGAGGGAAGGGGCUGAACGCGACGGGCGAGUUUUUCCGGCGCCGUGACGGAUGGAGGAAGCACCCUAUGUUGGGGAACCAGCUGCGCCACGCCACUCCGGGGCUCGGCAUCGCCAUCGUCGCCUUUGGGAUCUACCUCGUCGGGGAGGCCGCCUACAACCGCCUCUACCACCCCGCCGUGACCGGCGACAACCGCCACUAGAUCGCCCCCAGAGGUAACCGGCCCGUGUGGUCUUCACUUUUUUCCGAUUCAACCCAAAUGGGUGAAUUUGGGUUGAUUUCAAUCAGGCUGUAAGGGUUGCUGGGGGCGUUUCGCCUAGAUCUGUCCAUUGGGGGCUGUGUGGUACUGUCUUCUAUGGAACGGAUUAUGGAUUUACAUGUUGGAAAUAAACUGCAGCUCUGAUUCGACCAAGUUGUUUGUGAUUAUUAUGUGCUUGUGGCAUAA